AUGUCUCAAGCUGGAUGGUUAAUAGUAGUUUAUGGCUUGUUACUUGCUAUUUCUUUUAGCAGCACUGCUCUAGCGAUUGAAUGCUUAGCUUCUGAUCAUGAAGCUCUUCUAGACUUCAAAAACGGGCUUAAGGAUUCUCACAGCCGUCUCUCUUCAUGGAGAAACACCAACUGUUGUCAAUGGCAUGGAAUCUAUUGUGAUAACAUAACUGGUGCAGUCAUUGCAAUCGAUCUCCGUAACCCACAACCAGUUGAUUCUUCUCCCAGGAAGAAUGAAAUGUGGAACCUGAGUGGCGAGCUGAGACCAUCUUUGAUGAAGCUCAAAUCACUAAGACAUCUUGACUUGAGCUUCAACACAUUCAACGAGUUACCAAUUCCUAAAUUUUUAGGAUCACUCGUGAACUUGCAAUAUCUGAAUCUGUCAAAUGCUGGUUUUACUGGUCUAGUUCCACCUCAUUUGGGAAACCUUUCUCACCUGAAAUCUCUUGAUCUCACAGAUUAUAGCUUGCAUGUUGAAAAUCUACAAUGGAUGGUCGGCCUCGUCUCUUUGAAGUAUCUGGUGUUGGAUGGAGUUGACCUUUCAUUGUUAGCAGAAACAGACUGGGUUAGUGCAUUAGGCCAAUUUCCUUAUUUAAUAGAAUUGCAUCUAUCUUAUUGUCAGCUUUCUGGUCAUAUUCCAUCUCCCCCAUCUCACAAUUUUACUUCACUCGCUGUUUUAGAUCUAAGUACUAAUAACUUUGUUUCAAAGAUACCUGAUUGGCUUGUUAAUAUAACUACCCUACAAUACAUUGAUAUAGGACUUAGUGGUUUGUAUGGAAAAAUACCACUUGGUUUAAGAGACCUGCCAAAGUUACAGUAUUUGAAUUUAUGGGACAAUAACAAUCUGACAGCAAGUUGUUCUGAACUCUUCAUGAAAGGAUGGGGAAAGAUAGAACAGCUUGGUUUGUCAUUUAAUAAAUUAUAUGGAACACUUCCUUCAUCCUUGGGAAACUUGACUUCUCUCACUUACCUUGAUCUUUCUUUUAAUGCUAUUGAGGGUGUUAUUCCUAGUUCCAUUGGUCAACUCUGCAACUUAAAUAGUCUAGAUUUAUCGGAAAACAACAUGGCAGGAACUCUACCCGAGUUUCUUCAAGGAAUAGAUAACUAG